AUGUCUACUCCCGAGGAGUCACCGGCCCAGCGCGCUGCUCGCUUGCGACGAGAACGUCGCGAAGCGAAAAUCAAAGAGGGAGGCUCUGCUCGUUUGGAUAAGAUUACCAGUCUCAGCGGUCGGACGCCACAGUCAGUGCGUGAAGAAGCCUCCCCGACCCCUCGACUUACGGCCUCGCCUUCUCCCUCUCCUUCGCCGGCUCCACAGACACGUCCUCAGCCCAGCUUUCAAUCGGAAAUGCCGCCCGCCGAGUCCCUGCAAGCCCAACAAGAAGCAUUUCGUGCGAUGCUGCGCCAGGUAGCACCAGAUCAAGGCCAGGAUUCCAACGAUGUCCAGGAUCCCACACUGAAGCUUCUUGAGAAUCUUCUCGGCGGGAUGCCUGGAAUGCCUAGUGAUGCCAAUACAGCCCCAUCAGGGCCGCCGGGUGGACCGGGCGCGAUGCCUUCACAAUCGCAGCCAGGGCUCUCUCCGGCUGCCAUCGCCUCUGCACUUGGUGUCCCUCCCUUUCUGGCCAAUAUGCUGGGUGGAGCAUCAGCACCUCCAACCGAGGAAGAGCAGAAGACCCUGCGGAUAUGGAAGUCAGCGCAUGCCUUGUUCGCGCUCGGGCUGGCCGCUUACCUUUUGUUCAUGAUCGCAACGUCGGUGGCAACAUUCGGCAGUCCACCUCCUAAACCUGCGACGGCGCAAAACCCGUUCCUGAUCUUUGUCACGGGCGAAAUGGUUCUCACAGGUGGAAGGGCACUCUUUGCCGGGAAACAAGCAGGAUUUGGGAUGGCAGUUCAACUUUUCAGAGAUAUUAUUCGGGAUGGGAGCCUGGUGCUGUUCAUACUUGGGUUGGGAGCUUGGUACAAUCGCGAAUGGCAGGCGGUUGCUUCAUAG